GUGAAGGGAUAUUUUAAGGGUGCUGUGUUAUUUUGCUGAGUGUGCACGCCUUUGCCUUCUCCCGCUACUGCCCGUGGUAUGUUGCUAGUGUGCAGUUAGCUACUGGCUAAUGUCGAUGUGAGCGUACGUUGUUAAAACGCUAACUAACUUAACGUGCUUUUUCGUCACGAAACACGAACGGUGUCAUUAACUCAUAAGCUAGAAAAAGAUUGAGUCUGCACAAUGACUUCAUUUCAUUAUUUUUAAAUAAUAUAGAACGCGAGUUUACGUGGAUCGGGGAUUCCCUUCUUAGACCGGGCGUGAGCCGCCGUGCAUGGGCAGAGAGCUAGCUGGCUAGCUGUACAACGAUUUAAAGCUGUGAUACUCACAUCGAGGAAUGUGGAUUGGUGACAGCAAUCUAUAUAACUACCCAGUGUUAUUUGCCAGCGGUCUUCUGAGCUAGAUUGUAUUGGGAACCGUGUCGUUGCUGAACUGCGAGCGAACACGUCGCUGUUUUGCAGGGUGGCUAUGUUAUUUUCUGAAGAGAUCUGCACAGCUGGACAGAGCUCCCGUGGCAUGACGACCACUAACAAGGGCAACAAAGCCUUAAAGGUGAAGCGGGAGCCGGGCGAGAAUGGGACGAGCCUGACGGACGACGAGCUGGUGAGCAUGUCGGUGCGGGAGCUGAACCAGCACCUGCGCGGGCUGUCCAAGGAGGAGAUCCUGCAGCUGAAGCAGCGGCGGCGCACGCUGAAGAACCGCGGCUACGCCGCCAGCUGCCGCGUCAAGCGCGUGACGCAGAAGGAGGAGCUGGAGAAGCAGAAGGCCGAGCUGCAGCAGGAGGUGGAGAAGCUGGCCACGGAGAACGCCAGCAUGAAGGUGGAGCUGGACGCGCUGCGCUCCAAGUACGAGGCGCUGCAGAGCUUCGCCCGGACUGUGGCGCGCGGCCCCGUGGGCCCCGCCCGGGGCCCCAUCGCCUCCGUCAUCGGGCCCCUCAUCCCGGGCAAGGUGGCCGCCACCAGCGUCAUCACCAUCGUCAAGUCCAAAACGGAUGCAAGGUCUUAGUAUCUCGGCAGAGAGAGAGAGAGUGCGAGACAGCGAGAGAGAGAGCGUGAUGGAGGGAUGGAGGGAUGGAGGGAGGGAGGGAGGGAGGUCAAGAGGGAGAGGUUGUCAGUGCAUCAUUAUUGAGCACAGGAGUAUUUCAGUUUCAUUCACCCUAAAACUGCAUCUCUGUCUCCACCACCACAACUGCCAUCUACCCUUCAUACGAAAAAAAAAAAAAGCCUGCAAAAUUGCAGGUCAGGUGUUAAAGGUUAAAGGUUCCGUGUCGUAAAACCAUUUGAUUGGUGGGGCUCAGCCAGAGUCACGUGGUUGUGUGCGUUUUUACUGCAUGUUCUGGAACGCCGUUGUUCACAUGGGUCCAAGUGUGUUGCCGUUUGAUGCUGUGCACUGUCUGCUUAUUUUCAGAGCCACUCUGAGAUGGUGGUUUGCGUGGCGUUUCUCCGUCCCGAGCUGGCGUGGGGGACUCGGUGCGGAAACGCACAGGGUCGCCAGCUCUGCCUGUGCUCACACAGGCCUUGUGUGCACAGCUGCCUGUGCUGUCGCAGGCCUUGUGUGCACAGCUUCGACGCGCUGCUUUCCAUGAGCACGUUUUAUAAUGGGUCAAGAGCGUUUUAUUUUAACAGGGCUGUUAAGUGGUUCAAUCGUUUUGGUAUUUCACUGCAUUCAAAUCGUUUGGAGAGGAAGACGGAGGUGGAUAUAUAUAUAUAUUAUUUUAUUUUUUUUGAUGACUUCCUACAUCAAACUCCAAAAUAGUCAUUCCCAUUCAAACGUGGUUCAUUUUUUCAUACCUGUGCCUAAUAUUUAUGCACUGACCAAAUAUGUUUUUGGGAAAAGGAAAAUCUGCAGGUGUCAUCACAGUACUGAGUCUUUAGUUCAAAGUAAGAAUGGAGCUUUUGCUUGAAUGGAUCAGGCUUUGUGAUUGGGUAGUCCUUAUAUCUAGACCAGUGGUAACCAACCCUUUUCCGGGGCGAUCUACCAUCCUGUAGAUUUUCGGUCCAGCCCUAACAAAGCACAUCUCAUUCAACAGUUAAUCGUCUGCACUGAGCUGCAAAUUAGUAGUCAGGUGUGCCAAAUUAGGGUUGAAAUGAAAACCUACAGCAUGGUAGAUCUCCAGGUACAGGGUUGGGUACCACUGAUCUAGAUAGAACAAAAGUCCUGUUUUGCUGUUAAGCUCAUAUUUAAUGUCUUUUGUUUGUUUUUUGUUUUGUUCUUUCCGUAUGCGGAAUGGUUAGCUGGUGUUCUUUGCAGAUGUUUACAGUUGUGUUCUGCAGAAUACUGUAUUAACCUGGCGAGGCAAUAAUACAUUCGAGGAAGGGCAGUGUUGGGCAUCUUACUAACCCAAAAAUAUAUCAAUGAUAAGGAAAGGAAUUGUUCUGCCAUUGGUGUUUCCAUGACUACGAGGUAUUCUCCUCACCAGUAACGAAUCGUUGAGUGUUCCUAAAAAUGUUUCAGAUAUGCUAAUGCAUAGUGCUAAAGAAAAAAAAAAUGGUUUAACGAAGAAAUUUCAGUUUGUGUUUCAGCCAUUGACGAUCGCACUUAUUUAGGUUUUUCUUUAAAAAACAACAAAAAAAAAAGGCAAACACUUGUGAGGACUAGUUGAUCAUAUAAAUAGACAAACGUGUAUUCACACAAGCUUUACUAUAAAGUUGUCUGUCUACGUAUUUUAAGGAUUUUUGUCCAAGUUCAAAUUUUGAUUUUUAUAUAGAGUAUCUUGCAUUAUUUAUAUAAACCUUUGAAAAAUAUAACAAAAAGGAAAAAAAUAAAAAAGGAAGAAGAAAAAAAAAAAACUUGUUUGAUAUCCUUUUUGCAAUUGUACCGAAAGUGGCUUACUAUUGAAGUGGAUAGCUUUUUCUAGUGGAUAGGCGCGUCCUGUGGACUGUACCGCGUGCUGUGGCGUGAUUCGUACGUGACCAGGUGACAGUAUUGUUCACUAUAUGGGUGUGAUGCUGUAAUUUCAUUUAGAGCGACUGCUGGUGAUGUAGACUGUGUCCGUGGCCACGCCCCCUCCCAUCCCCCUCCUUUAGUCAUGGCUCUGACUCACUCUGGUCGUUAAAGGUCCCGUGGCACUGGGUGGCGAAGGACCGAGGGUUCUCGGAUGCUAAAUUCUCGAUCUGAAUUGCUCCAAUUUCUCUCUAAUUCCAUCUCUCUCCCCUCCCUGCCAGUUUGCUAGUUGGCUAAAUUUAAUCCCUCCGUCUUCUACACGGCUGAUGCGUUUUGUAUUCCACAUCCUGGUGGUUACACAUUGCCGGUGGCCCAGCCAGCACUAAAUGUUCUGACAGUAUUACUGGAUUGUUUUGUCGAUGUUAUAACAUCGCCACUGCAUUGCAGUAACAUUGUGAGAAUGUUGCGUUAGUUGGGCAUAUGUAAUACCACCCCCUCUCCCCCACACAAAAGCAUGGCAUGAAAGGCACUAUACAAGUACAAUACACUGUUCUUCCGUAGGGGACCAAGCACCAAGGGUGCGUACUGUGUAGGAUCCUUAUUGUUUUUGCUAGGAUUAUUAUUCUUAUUAAUAUUUUUCUUCUGCCUCGUGAUACAUUUGCACCCCUCCUCAUGCUCAAAAGCUCACAAAAUUUUUGCAGGCAUGGUCAAUGGACACGUGUCUACCUCCUCAUUCUGAAUAAAUAAUAUCAUAGAACUCAUAGUAUCCGCCAUAUUACAUUUCCUGCCUUUUUUGGGAAAAAAAACCUUCAUACUUCUCCGAGAAUACUUGUCUGAUUCUCGCUAAAUUUGUGAUCUUCAACAAGACGUUAAAAUUGCAAGGGAAAAUUUGAUAUGUCAAAAUAACUUUCCGAUAUAACUUAGUUCAAAUACACAGACUGUAUUCUAUAUGUCAGAUCCCCCCCCCCCAACAUUCAUACUGACUGGAGCUGCAAGCAGGACAUAGAACCCCCUACUCUCCCCACCCCCAGCACUUCAGCACUUCCAUGUAAAGAUGAUCACUUUUCAUUAAAGACGUUAAAUGAUUUGCCAGCAGCUAAGUCUAUGCAUGUUAACUGGGAAACAGUAUAAUUUAAAUAGAAAGCAAGUAUUAUGUGCUGUAACUGCACAACUUACUGAAAAAACUGUAAGAUGACUUGCUGUCACUUUCUAUGCAGGUCACCUUUUGUAAACAUGAAAAGAUAUACAAUCCAUAAGGGCUAUAUGACAAAAAUGUCUCCAGUCAGCACAGCUUUAUUGGGCAGUGGUUCAUAUUAUGGUCCUGAUUCAAAAUGUGUCAAAGCUUUAUUGAAUAAAUUAUACAUAGCAUCAUUAUCGCAACUUCACUUCUCCAUCUUAAACCAACCUAGGGACGGGAAGUAUUCUCAAUCGUCAUCACCGUAAGUUGGACUAAAUGCAGGCUAGCUCUACGGUGGGGACACAAGGACUGUAAUGGAGUCCGUACAGGAUUCUGCACUAGUGACUGUCAACUGUGCACACACUAAGUGGUGCAUGUUGCAUAACCGACUUUGUUUGAACCCAGGGUACAUAUCAGAUAUAAUCCGCAGCCUAUAAUUUUCAUUUUGGGGUUGGGUGCCUUACUUGAAUUUCACAUUACAGGAGCACUUGUGGGUGAGAACAGGGCAAGCGGAAAGACAAGGAUGUGCAGAAGACAAGGGGGGUGGGGGGGGGGCGCAUGACCUGGUGCCCCACCAAUGUGAGGACCAUGUGUGUGCAUGUAGUGCAACACAACUGUGAUAUGAAGGCGACUAAAUUAUUGCAAAACUUUGUUUAUAUUUUUGCCGACAUUUUAGAGAUACAAAUUGCACUCAAUGCUUUACGCUUCACCCUUGGUGCUUGGCCCCUGACUUUGCUGCUUGCAGCUAUAUUUAUUAUUGUAGUCCUUAUUAUUUGCAUAACUUUGUCUGAAUAGGAGUAAAUAAAAUGAGAGUGAAAAAAUACAUUGCAGAAUAAAAUAUGCACACUGAUACACUCACACACAUACACACACAGAUCGGAGAGGGCGAUGGACUUCUACGCAGAUGGCGUCCCAUUGUGACCGCUCUGCACAAGGGAACCCUCAGCUUGCGCUGGCUUUUGCACGGUUGUCGUGGUUACCGAAGCCAGCCCGUCUCCGUGCCCCGUGCCGGCUUACGCCCUCCUGUUCGCGAGGGCCUGGCAGCAGUGCCACAUUUCUGGGGAUGUGGAGGACGCUGGCUUUGCAUCACCUCUCUACUGAAGUUUAUUCUUUUUUUUUUUUUCCCUUUUUUGUGAUGUGAGAUUUCUGUAAGAUUUAUUUGAUGUAUUUAAUGCAACAAAAAAAAAAAACUAAACAAAAAAAACUAAUUUUUUUGUCAUAUAAUUUGAGUUUUUUUUUUUGAAUGCCAGGGAUAUUUGACAUCAUCUGCACUGUUUUUAAGCAAAUGUAGGCUAAUGUUAUUGUGUUUAUUUACCACUCCCGUCUCACAGGGGCCUGUUUGUGAAUUUGUCGUUAAAGGGAGUCGUUGCCGUUACAGCUGUGCAGUGGUUGCAUUUGCUUCGCUUGUGACAAGUGUAAACGCAACGCACGCAGAAUCUAAUAGCUAACUGUAAACUAGUGAUCAAAGGAAAAUUUGCAAUACCACGUGAUGCCUGUGUUGGCCCAGCUUUGAGGACAGCAAAGUUAUCCAUGUUGAAGUUGGGGCACGCUUGCAAAGGAUCUUUUCUGGUAUAUUCUGUGAAAACAAAUACAAAUCUUGUGCACAUUGUGCAAAAUGUACGUAAAUGCAUUGUAAUUAUGUAAUGUAAUUGCAUUACAUCAGAAGCUUGUGAAGCCUGACCACAACUCUGUAGUUGAAGGCAAUGUUCACGUGGUUCUUUCUGGAGUGAAGCCGUAUGAAAUGUGCUCCUUCCAUUUUGAGUCUGCACUAAAUAAGUUCCAUCUUGGGGUUUAUUGACAUUUUUGGUUUAUUGGUUUAUUUACGCACUCAAAAUAACUGAGGUCUAAAUGUUGAGAACAGUUGUCCUGAGCUCAUCUUCUGCAAGCACUGUCUUACUCAGAACCUCCCACCCCCCCCCCCCCCCCACCCAAAGAAAAAAAAGAAACUUGAUUUUCACCUUGUAAUCCCAACUCAGUCAAUGGUAUUUCUGAACACCAAGAACGAUGACUGGCUGUAUAGCACUCCCAUUUUUAACCACGGAAGAAGCUGUGGAGGAGAAGGUGCUUCUAAAUGCAUACUUUUAAUUUCCUUGAAAAGGAAAAAAGGGGGGGAAGCAAAGAUUAAGAACUAACCUGAAUUUCAGUCUCUUCCCGUUCCCUAACCUUUCAACUUGCCAGUGCGGCACGGCCACUGAUACACUGAUGUGUUGGUGUCAGCCAGUGGAGAUGAGCUCAGGAAUGUGACUGAAGUAGGGGGCUUAAGUGCCAUUUGGUUAGCUUAGUGAGGAACAUCGGUGGCUCCCUACAUCUUAUAAAAUGGAAGAGUAGCCUUCUGAAGGAGAGACGGUCAGAACGUGAGCGCAUGUGGCCAAGGCUAAGGUGCGCAUCUCCACUUCCAGGUUACUGCUGAUCAUUAAGGGCUCUGGUUCACCAGUAAAAAAAAAAAAAAUGGUAAUAAACCAAAAUCCCAGACUGGCCAUGGGAAGGUCAUCUUAAAAGGCUACUGCUACCAAAAGAUCUGUCUGCCCCCCUCUGUCCUUUUUCACGUUUUACCUCUGUUGUCUGCCUUAAUGCAGUAACGUAUCAAACUAUGAAGACUGUGUCCUUGUUGCUGCAUAAGUGCUAGUUUUUGCAUUAGGUGAGCUUCUGAAACUAACAAGGUAGAGUGAAGCAUGUGUUGUCACUUUUCUUUGAAAUGCAUCGCAGAGGUUUGAAGCAUUUAUCUCCAAAACUCCUUAACACUGGAAUGCAGACCUAAGGCAUUUGGACUUAUUCAUAAUAUACUUAUAUAGGCUUAAUGAUAGGUACAUUUUAGUUGUGUUCCCUUCUUAAACGAUAAAGGAAUUGUCUCUUUGGUUAUCUGUGAAAGUUUCCUAAUGUAGUUUCUCUUUGCUCUAAGCGUCCCUCUAUAUCUAUGUUGACGUGCUCUUUUAUUGCAGUGCCAGUCCUGUGACGUGAACAAUGUGUACGGGUUUUUAAACGUGCUGUGUACAGACUAGCAUCGUAACCGCUGUGUCACGUCUCCGCCUGGCGGACGCGCGCCGCGACCCGAGCGCACGUCGCGGCGCCCGUUGUGGAAAAAGUUAACCUUUUUUUAUAUAUGCAACUCAGUGGAUCGCUGUGAGAGGUUAGGUCUCUGCGCGAGGUGUAGUGUUGUAAAAGACAUCAUUAAACGGAAUAGUUUAACGCGAGUGCUUGUCUGUCUGUGAGUGCAGUCCCCUUUCCCCUCAGUUUAUGCAGUAAAAAGUUUAUCUUGCCUUGUGUCGUUCCACCACAUCUAGGCUGUUCAAUUGCUCUGGUGCUCGCCGUCUUAGUAAUGUAUUGACACGGACCCCGAGUGGGUCUUUGUUGCCGUAUCUACCGUCUACAGCUGUUUAUUGUUAUUAUUCAUUAAGGUGUAAGUGCUAAUCGUUUUCCCCCUCCCGGAAACCGACUUACCAUGGGAAAUGGCCCGGUGUCGUUAAAAGCCUGCCAGUCUGAAUUUAAUUCCGAUUGCGUUCGCGUUGCGUGAUGUUUCACUGUGCCCCCCCCCCGGGAAGAGCAGGGAGAAAGGCACGGCGAGCGUAUCGCGCGAUCUGAGGCAAACGGAACGAGGCGAAGCGCACCGCCGUUGCGCGACGUUCCGUUGACGAGGCGACCUCGUAACGACGGGGGGAACCGGGCUUAUGGGAUACGUCCGUUAAAUCGUAGAAGCUUCUGCCCGUGGUUGAAAAGACCGUUCCCGUGCGACGGGAUUGGUCGACUCGCGCUCUUCGGUAUGUCGAUUUCUAAAGCGCGCCAACUCCCUCAAUUCUACACCGAUGGCGUUGCCCACACCGUGACGGAAUGUGACUCUCCCCGAACGUUCGGGGCGGCUUCUUAGCUGUUUUUUCUUCAAAGCGGUGGGAAAUUCGCUUGGACGUCUCUGUUCAACUGUGCAAUGCCUUAUCAGUCCUUUUCCUACAUUAGCUUGCUAGGCUAGACAAAGACUAAAGCUUUCUAUCACAGCAAAAAUAAGCUUCCGUAAAGGAAGGAAAUGGGCUCAAAUAUUACGAAUUUGCAUAAUUAUUUAUUUAUUAUUAUUAUGAUUGUUAUUAUCGUCAUAAUCAUCCCUGGCAGCCAGGAGGAAGGACACACCUGUCUUAUUCAGGUAUCCCAGCCUUGGUUGUUAUCAUCGGAGGUUUAAAGGAUUAGCUUCCUCUAUUGCUGCUAGACUGAAGGUCACUCUGCUGCAUUAUGGAUUUUUUUCAUUUUAUUAAUGCUAAAUGAAUUGAUAAUGAUCCUGAAUCAGAUGAUUAAAAAUGAAGCCCUUUCAUUGCAAUUUGAGUCUUGUCUUCUCAGCACUGGUGGGUUUUCUCUGCAGGGUUUAUUGUACUUGUUACACCCGUUUGGUUACAAGCAAUGUGACCUACAGAGGAGAACUUAAAGCAGUUAACUUUGACAAAAAAAAACAAAACAAAACUAAGCUUUAGACCUAUUCAAUUUUUUAAAAUCAAACCACAUUGGUGUCAAAUGGUGAGCAUUCAACUGUUCAAGUUUUUAGAUCUUGCUCUUAAAUAGUUUGUGUUUUCAAAAAGUGUAAAGUGAAAAAUUUAAAUGAAAAGUAGAGUUUGUGAAUAUGAUAAACGAUGGAAAAAAUCUUUUUUUUCUGUAUGGGGUGUAAUAAAUUAUAUCUCGGUACUUUGUAUGACAAAUUAAUUUAAAAAAUCAAUUUAAUUGUAUUUAUUAUCUAAAUUAUUGUACUUUUUGCAAUGUAGAUAGGUAAGUAAUAUGAUGUAUUCAUAUAUAACAACCGUGAAAAUUUACUGUUUCCUUCUCAGAGGUGUCUAAGUUAUUGAUGUACAUACUGUAUGUUUGUUGAUAUACAGCUUACUUUAUUUUCUAUAUGACCAAUAAAACAUGUUUUGGAAAAGA